AGCAUGUCUCUGCUCUCGUCCCUGCGCUCUCCUCGGCUGUCCUUCAUCCAGACUCUGCUGUCUCUGCUGCUGUCUCUGGUGUCCCUGUCCUCCUCGUACUGGUGCGUGGGCCGGCAGAAGGUUCCCAAGCCUCUGUGCUCCGCGGCUCGCCGGCUCAAGUGCACUCCGGUGCACGGCGUCUCGGAUGGGUCCUUCUCCUGGGAGACCGGAGACGAUCGCUUCAUCUUCCCCUCCUUCCACGCCGGACUCUGGACCACCUGCGAGAGAACAUCUUCACGGACGCCUGGGGUGAGGGGUCAGGAUGAGACGAGGACAGAUGUGUUUGUGAGAGAUUGA